GAUGCCUAGCUCCUCUGCGAUGGCAGUUGGCGCGCUCUCCAGUUCCCUCUUGGUCACCUGCUGCCUGAUGGUGGCUCUGUGCAGUCCGAGCAUCCCGCUGGAGAAGCUGGCCCAAGCUCCUGAGCAACCCGGCCAGGAGAAACGCGAGCACGCGUCUCGGGACAGCCCCGGGCGGGUGAGCGAGCUCGGGCGCGCCGCGAGGGACGAGGGCAGCAGUGCCCGGGACUGGAAGAGUAAGGGCAGCCGCGCGCUCGCGAGCCGGGAGGCGUGGAGCAAGCAGAAGCAGGCCUGGACUGCCCAGGGCGGGAGUGUCAAGGCCGCGGACUGGCAGGUCCGACCUCGGGGGGACACCCCUCAGGAAGAGUCCCCGGCCGCCGCCCAGGAAGCGAUCAGCCUAGAACUCGUGCCCACACCAGAGCUGCCUGAGGAAUACGCUUACCCAGACUACCGCGGCAAGGGCUGCGUGGAUGAGAGUGGCUUCGUGUAUGCGAUCGGGGAGAAGUUCGCCCCAGGUCCCUCAGCCUGCCCGUGUCUGUGUACGGAGGAGGGGCCCCUGUGCGCACAGCCGGAGUGCCCGCGGCUUCACCCGCGCUGCAUCCACGUCGACACUAGCCAGUGCUGUCCGCAGUGCAAGGAGAGGAAGAACUACUGCGAGUUCCGGGGCAAGACCUACCAGACUUUGGAGGAGUUCGUGGUGUCUCCGUGUGAGCGGUGUCGCUGUGAAGCCAAUGGUGAAGUGCUGUGCACAGUGUCGGCGUGUCCCCAGACGGAAUGUGUGGACCCCGUGUACGAGCCUGAUCAGUGCUGCCCCAUCUGCAAAAACGGCCCAAACUGCUUUGCAGAAACUGCUGUCAUCCCAGCUGGUAGAGAAGUGAAGACGGAUGAAUGCACCAUAUGUCACUGUACUUACGAGGAGGGUACGUGGAGAAUUGAACGGCAAGCCAUGUGCACAAGACAUGAAUGCAGGCAAAUGUAGACUUCACAAUACAAAACUCUCAUGUUUUUCUAGAAUAUUUUACUAAUGUUGACAUUCUAGAUGACUCUGAGAAAUGUCAAUCAAAAAGAGAAGACUUUGGAUAAGGAGUCAAGGGAAAUGGUUGGCACUUUUCCUUUUCUUGGUAACAAUUACAGCAAGAGACAGAAAUGGAUGUAUUUCAAAACAUCAAUAAGAACUUUGGACAUAAACUCCCUCUCUAAAUAAAUGUGCUAUUUUCACAGUAAGUACACUAAAGUUCACUAUUAUAUAUUAAAUGUGUUUCUAUAAUCCCUCUAUUAGAGUCUUAUAUAUUAAAAAUGCUGUUGUCAACCGUC